UCUUUUUCUUUUUUUUUAUUUAUUUCCUCUUCUUCUUUUUAUUACUCUAACAAACAGAUAUAAAAGAAUCAAGGGGCGAGAGUACAACAUCAAGAAUAAGUAUGUCUCAACAAGUCGAGAUACAAAAAGCAAAAACAUCACCACUGUCUUGUAUUGAUGAUUAUGAAUUCCAUCGUAGCCUUGGAAAAGGCAGUAUGGGCAAAGUAAAAUUGGGAAUUCAUGCUGUGACGGGAGAAAAGGUGGCAGUAAAAAUAGUAAGAAGAGCCAAUUUUCAAAUCAACGGAUUCACUUUACAAGGCAAACCACGAACAAAAGAACAAAUGUUGAAGGAAAAAGUCAAAGAAGAAACCCGAGAAUUGCGUACGAUUCGAGAAGCACACAUCAUGAUGUUACUAAGACAUCCACACAUUGUUCAAUUAAAGAACCUAGUGGCUGUUGGCCCUUAUUUCUAUAUCUUGAUGGAUUAUGUGAAUGGAGGACAAUUGCUUCAUUAUAUCGUCAAACGUCAAAAGCUAUCUGAAUCCCAUGCAAGACAUUUCUCUCGUCAGAUCCUCAGUGCGUUAGAUUACAUGCAUCGCAACUCUAUUGUGCAUCGUGACUUGAAAAUUGAAAAUAUCUUGAUUGAUAAACAUGGUCAAAACAUCAAAAUCAUUGACUUUGGCUUGAGUAACCUAUUUUGUCCCGAAAGAAGACUCACCACCUAUUGUGGUUCUCUCUAUUUCGCUGCACCCGAAUUAUUAAGCGCAACUCCUUAUCGUGGCCCAGAAAUCGAUGUUUGGAGCUUAGGCGUCGUCAUUUAUGUGAUGGUGACUGGCUCUGUACCAUUUGACGAUAAAUCUAUGCCUGGAUUACACGAUAAAAUUAAGCGAGGUCUGGUCGCUUACCCCGCUCAUCUAAGUCCGGAAUGUAAAGAUUUAUUAUCGCGGAUAUUUGUCACGGAUCCCACAAAACGUAUCAUCUUGGCCGAUGUCAUUCGCCACACAUGGGUCAAUCAAGGUUAUCAAAAGAUCAUCAAGACUUACUUGCCUUUACGCUUACCCAUCUCUCCACCUUUGGCUCCACAUAUUCUUCAACACAUGACACGUGGUUUUAAUAUGGGAAAUGCUCAAGAUAUUCAACUCAAGAUGGAAAUGAUCAUUAAAUCUACUGUUUAUCGUUCUGCAGCUGAUCAUGUGGCAAGGUUACAACAUUUGUUUGAUAAUGAUGCCUAUGGUGAUUACGAUGAUCCACAGACCAUGCCUGCUGCCUAUCAUCCGUUAUUGUCCAUUUAUCAUUUAACAAGGGAACGACUCUCACAUCAGGAAAUGGAACAAGAAUCCGAUUCACCGGUGAGCAUGAAACAACCAUCUAUGCCUUCCACACCACCAUCAUCCCGUUUGGGCUAUCCCCAAAAUGAACCAUACUACAGUGAAGAAGAAGAAGAAGAAGAGGAGGAUGGGGAUAUGGAGGCUAUGUCCUUUAAUUCUAUACGGGAAACGUUUGCUACUGCCACUACAAGUACACCGCCGUUAUCGCCAAAUAAAAGGAGGUUAUUAUUCUCUAGUAGUUCCCUGACAACUCGCCAUGAUGAUCUUUCGUUUAAACGAGCCGAUAAAAAAUGUUCCGAAUCAACACAUAAAAAGCCCAAUUUAAUUUCUAAUGCCAUUCAUAGAUCGACAUCUUCUCUAGCUGCUAUUUUUGCUAGAGUGAUGUGUACACACUAAACAAACAAACAAACAAAAAAAUAUAUAUGUCACCCCAAUAAAUGUAAAUACUACACAACAAAUAAAUAAAA